AUGCAGACUGAAAUUAUCGAGUUGAUAAUUCAAUUGACUCGCAAUUCACCUCGCUUGAUUGACUUUUUGGGCCAGCUACUCGUAUGUCGACUGACACAGACUGCCGACAGUCAAGGCCAUCAGGCGCACCUAUUUGCCUCCCUUGUUAAAACUGAUAUGUCAUUGCUGUUGGCUGGCCUUAAUACACUUUUUCCUGGUCAUACCAAUCUUAUCAACACUCCGGCUAUCAGCACUCCUCCAAGCCUAAGUGCCCCAGCUAAAGCUCCACAUAUGCCUUCCGAAGCCGCUGCUGCGGUAUCUGCAGUGAGAAACCAUCUGAUCCGACUUAAUUUGGAAGCUGAACAUGAUACUGCGCGGUAUCAUGAAGCCCGACAUUCUGACAGACCUUCUUCAACACAAGCUCCGCAAUCAUCGACAGAUGAUCAUGCUUGGGUGAAGGAAUCUUCCUCAGCCACUUCUCGACGGCACCACUUCUUGCACCGACAUAAAAACCACUCUUCUCAGCAUUCUACUGGCUCCAAAAAUAAUGGAAAAUCGAGUAAACAGAGCCUGAAUGAGGCUAGCCGAAAUACACAUAAAACGAAUGACACAGAAAGACAAUCACAGAUGCCUUCGGCGUCAAAACGAAGAAUAGAUGAAUAUCCUAUAUGCUGGGAGCUUCGCUUACGUCCCGCUUUUAAGCUCAUCGUUCAGCUUACCAGGAGCAAACCGGCUCUCUCCGUGAUUCGCUUCAUCCUCUUGCCGCUUGUUGAAAUUUUCAGUAGAAUGCUAUUUGCCCUGCCUUUUCCAUCUAGCUCGCACUUGCCUCUGAGUCCUUCCCUUCCUACUGUUGUUUCUACCAGCACUGAUGAUAGUUCUAAUGUGGAUACUUCGAGUAAUAAAGUACCACUUAAUCAAAAUAUCGAUCUCUCUGGCCCGAUACUGAUGGCUCAGCCCGUAGAUAUAACUGCCUGGCUUCGUGGAGAUAAAUACGCAUCCUUUGAGGCUUGGCGCGAUCGCCUUCUAACAGUUUCUUCUCUUGAGACGGCUGCUUUGGUUGCCUCCGCUUCUAUUCAUGCUGAUUUUCCUGGACUUGGACUCAGCCUUGAUUCUAGCCGCCAGAUCUCGCCUUGCCGAAUUUCAGAGGAUAAUUCCUCUUUAGAUCCUCACCUGCUAUGGUUAAUGCGGAAGUAUGCGACACGCUGGCGAAUAGCCACUUCCAACGCUGCUUGGGCCAAGCGCUGGGUUAUUAAUUCUGAUAAUGAUUGUCAAUAUCUUUCAAUUAGAAAACAAGCCAUCAAGCCCAGUAAGUCUGGCAAAGUGUGA